GCUUCAAUACAAGUUCUUCGCUGUACUGAGUUGAGCUGGUUUUGACCUAUUUUUUGGCAACUGCCAGAAUUUAUUCAACAUGCCCGUCACACCCGAAGAGAAAAAGGCCUUAAAGGCUGAGAAAAAAGCCGAAAAAAAGAGAAAAGCGACCGAGAAAAAGAAACAACUCAAAAGGGACGUGCUAACGCGAGAGUUGAAGUACAGCGCGGUAACCUACCAGAGACACGAGAAAGAAUGGAGACAACUUCUUAUAGAAAAAGCCCUGCCAGGGAUGCGAGACGAUUUGGAGUUCGCGUGGAACAACUUCGAAAGAGUCAUCGACUGCAAGGAUUUCACCAUCUCACUUCUAAUGGACGAAAUAAGAGAUGCGGAACAACAGUAUAUGCUUAACUACAAAAAUCAUGUCGAGCACAUCGACAAACUUAUAGAUAUGUUUCGGGAAAGGCUCGAAGAACUGGCAGCUGACAAUGAACAUCAGCUUACGAAGCUGCAAGAAAGGUAG